AUGGGCCUCCCUUCGGCCCUUCACAACUUUAUAAUUGCAACAGACACGCAGCCGCUUCACACUGAAGUCCCUACUUCCCAGAGCGCCGGCUCUCCUCUUUUCUGCGCCCUCUCGGUGGAUGUCUUCGCCUGGAUCCUACCCUUCCCAGCACGCACUCCGGGCCGCCGCGCGGGCUCCGGACCCAGCCCAAAGGCCCCGAGGCUUUUCCAGCGUACCGGAGCCGGUAGACCCGCAGCGCACAGGAGAGCCUCCUUGCUGCUCCCAAGAGGCAGCUGCAAACUGUUGCACUGCGGAGCAGCGAGGCAGCGCGCAAGCAAGCCGGGGCAGGGGCCGGGGACAGGGGCGGGGGCUGGAGCUAUGGCCAAGGGUGGCUGCCCAGGCCGCUUGAGCUGUCCUCCCUACUCGCGCCCGGCCGUCAGGCCACCCGGCCAUCAGAAGCCUUUAGUCACACCUUGUCUCUUACCUGGACCGCCAGCUGGCUGCAAGGAGGGAGCCCCCGCCGCGCGGCUGCAGUGGCGGCUGCAGAAAGCGUGGAGUGAAUGGGCCAGAGACCGAGCCGCGCUGCUGCCGCCGCCGCCGCCGCCUUCGCCGCCGCUUCAGGGAGCUGAGCUAGCAGCCUAUUGCCAGAGAGGCCGGUGACGUCAGGCAGCCACCGCCAGGGCUCCAAGCCACCCCUCAGGCCCCCACCCACCCUAGUACCCCAACACCUUGUCCUAGCAUAGCAAGCCUCUGACACACACUUCCCAGUUCCCUGCCCUUCUCCAGCCCAGGAACUAGGAGAAGCAACCCCUACCCCCACGCUGCAAGCAACCCACAUUUCUCACUCCCUUGCCUAGGAAGAGUUGAAUCUUCAGUUCUCCAGCUGUCUGAUUUCUUUCUAGAGCUGACCCUUUGGUCCCAGAAUCACACUUUUACACUCUGGAUAGCCAUCUACCAUCGGUGCACAGAUCAGACUUUCUCCCUGGUGGCUGAUGAAAAUUUCCCCCACCCCUAAUUCCUCUCUGUGCUGCCCCUGUUUCUGAACAUAAACUGCGUGCAUUAGAGAGAUGACAGGGACAUUUCUCAACACAAGUGUGACAGAACCCAAAACACAAACCUGAACAAAUUAAUCCAAAUUAGCCAUUUUUCUCCACUGGAGUUUCCAAGUUAUCUUUCGCUCCAUCUGAUUCAUGAUCCUCCUUCUUGCAUUCCUCACAUCUUCAUCUCCAGGCCCCAGACCCACUCAAUGUAUUAAACACUCCUAUUCUGACAAUCUAGACACUCAUGAGCACACAAAGCAUAGUCUUACAAGGAAGAAAUACGAAAUUAUUCACAGGAAGGCAAAAAUGAACUGCCUUAUGAAAAUUCCAAGUAUUUGUAGCUUGCACAAAGUACCCCUUCAUUGGCCCUAAUUCUUGGUAAAGUGUUUGGAGCACAACCUUUUAGCAAAAUGCAUAGAACUUCCAGAAAAGAAUUCAACAGCCUCCCUAAAUCUUGGAAGAGAUUAGUUAACUAUUGGUUUAGGAGCCUUGGAAAAAUAUGAAUAGUGCAUUUGGUUACAGAAUCCAGCUUUGAAAUGGAGUAUGCUCAUUUUUCUGUUGGAGAAGCUAACUGGGAACAGUACCUAAAGACAUUGCAUGGUCUUUCAAGGCACUCAGGUGUCUUACUAAAUGUGUGUUUUCUUCUUUCCUCCUUGUCUUCUUUUCUAUCUUUGAGUCUAGCACAGUGCCUGUAGCUUACUUGAUAAA